AUGGAACACCACGACCUCAACAUUCCCACCAACACAGGCAAGCCUCUCGUCGUCUCCCUCGGCGCGCCCCUUCACGCCAGGCAAGACUUCCUCGAUGCAUUCUCAGAUGACCACGACCUGCAUAUCCUCCCCGCCUCCAAUCGUACUGAGACCAUAGCCCUCCUUGCAAAGUUGAUCUCCAGCCUCCAAGGCCGCCCAAUCUCCGCCCUUCUAAUUCGCAUGGGCACCCCACCAUACGAGCCUUUUGAUGCUGAACUGCUUGGUUCAUUAGUGCCUGCGGGAUGCCGAAUCAUCGCAAGCGCUUCUGCUGGCUACAACGAAUUCGACGUCGACUGGAUGACCCGCUCGGGUAUCUACUUCUGCAACACAGUGAACGCGGUAAGCGAGGCGACGGCGGAUAUGGCGAUUUGGCUUAUCCUCUCGGUGUUGCGCAACACCGGCAAUGCGGAGCGCAACGCACGCUCGGGCAAAUGGCGGGCAGGGCUACCCGUGGCGAGGGACCCGAGGGGGUUGAAGCUGGGGAUUGUGGGGUGCGGAGCUAUUGGGCGGCAUUUGGUGCGGAAGGCGAGGGUGUUCGGGAUGACGGUCGUCUAUCAUAAUCGGCGGAGGUUGGCGGAGGAGGUGGAACGGGAGCUUGGUUUGAGUGAUGUGGCGUACUAUGGGGAGUUGAAGGAGAUGCUCCGGGAGGUGGAUGUGGUUAGUGUGAAUUGUCCGCUCAACGAGCAGACAAAAGGGCUGAUUGGGCGGGAGGAGUUUGAGGUGAUGAAGGACGGGGUGUUCUUGGUGAACACGGCGAGGGGCGCGAUCGUGGAUGAGGACGCGGUGAUUGAGGCUUUGGAGCAUGGUAAGGUGACGAGGGCUGGCCUGGAUGUGUUCACUGGCGAGCCAACCGUGAAUCCCUACUUUUUGAGGAGUGACAAGGUGGUCUUGCAGCCUCAUAUGGGUGGGUUGACGGAUAUUGCGUUAAGGGAUGCGGAGAGGGAGGCAUUCGAGAAUAUAAGGGCGUUCUUCCGGACUGGGAAGCCGAACUCGCCGGUGAAUGAGCCUGUGCAAAGGUCUGAAUAA